CAGAUACUGUGUAUAACCUGUGAUAAUGCAUCUUCAAAUGACACCAUGGUUGAGGUGCUCAGUGACCUGAUUCCCUCAUUCCCUGGAGAUCCCAACCAUGCAUGGUGCUUCAACCAUGUCAUCGCACUCGUAGCAAAAAGUUUGAUACAUCAAUUUGAUGUCCCUAAAGGCAUGGCAGAUGUGGCGCUGGACAAAGCAGAGAGGGAG